AUGGCCACUGGACAGAGACUACUUCGACACGCGCUUACGACAGCGUGCCGACUUCCCGGUGUUUCUAUCUCAAGACGGGGAGUUCAAUCGACGUUUAUUUCACUCCCACUACUACAGACAUCACCGCGAUUAUCAAACAUUUUACCACGUCCUCCAGCUCUAUUGUCUUCAUUACAGAGUAGGAACAGCUACUCAACGACGACUCGAGAUCCCCACCCACUCACCGAUAACAAGACAUCCGCAACUACAGAAGAAGAGGCACAGGCAGCUCAAGCUCGACGAGACCAGGAACCCGCAUAUCUCAUCUACUUUACGUGCAAACCAUGCUCUCACAGGUCAGCACAUCGUAUCUCAAAACACGGAUAUCACAAGGGAACUAUCCUGAUCACAUGUCCAAGCUGUAGCAACCGACAUGUUAUCAGUGAUCACCUGAAAAUCUUCUCAGAUGCCCCUGUCACACUGGAAGAUUUGCUUGCGCAGAAAGGCUUGAAGAUCACCAAAGGGACAAUGGAGGGGGAUAUGGAAUGGUGGGCUAAAGAUGAGGAAAAUGCUGAAGCUAGCCCGGAGACUAUAUCAUCUGAGCAGGCUCAGCUAAAGGGUGGGGAGGGCCAGGAUGGAAAAGCUUAG